GACACGCCGUUGAUGCUUUCAGUUGAAGCUAACUUAACAUACUCCGUCGACCUUCACUACAAUGUCCACAGCACAUAGACCGACCUGGGAUCCUGCCCAAGCUCGCGAUGUUAAAGGCGGUUCUCGCCAGUUCUCUGUCCGAGACAUGGCAGCUCACACGAAGCUCAAAUUCCGGCAGGCUGGACAAACAUCUGUCGGUGACAGGGGAAACCACCACCUACCUCUCACAAACGGAAACGCGACGGAUGGCACAGCAGAGGAUGAGGCCAACAAGAGGAGGAAGCUAUUGCAGGAAGCUCUGGAGCUGGACAAGGACGAUGACGACGACGAUGAGAAAGAGGAGGGAGUUCAGUCUGGAGGGCAGGAAAACGGGGAAGAGCGGGACGAGGAAAGUGAAGAAGAGUCGGACGAGGAAGAUGAGACCGCUGAGUUGAUGCGUGAGUUGGAGAAGAUUAAGAAGGAGCGCGCAGAAGAGAAAGCCCGUCUAGAGCGGGAACAGAAUGCGACUGCUGCAGUGGCACGAGAAGCUGAGAUAGCCACCUCAAAUCCUCUAUUGAAUCUUGCUGCAGCAUUAGGGCAGUCACCCGGUGUCAAUACAACUGUACCAGGGACAUUCUCCGUGAAACGGAGAUGGGAUGAUGACUUGAUAUUUAAAAACCAGGCAGCAAAUCAGAAAGACAAAUCUGGACAAUUCGUCAACGACCUGCUACGGACAGAAUUUCACAAAAAAUUCAUGGCAAAGUUCAUCAAAUAACAAGAUGGAGUCGUGUAAAUUAUGAUUGCUUUAUUGUAAUACCCAGCUAGGCCUUCCAUCCUUCGACGACUCACUCUGGCUCGACCCGAGUCUUUUGUGUUAGGCUUUUGUGGUAUCUGAGUGCAUGCAGGAAAUAUGCAACUGUUCUCACAUCAGACCGGGUCCAAGUAGCACUGGACAAUACAAUGUUCCUGCCAGUUGGUCUACAUCUGCUAGGGUCGUGCUAGAGGUACAACUGUGGGGCUAGUGACUGUUUGUGGCAGAUUAGUUUGAAGUAGGGAUUUGAGCGGAUGUUGCAGGUGGGUAAUCAUGACAUUUCGCCAGUGACUCCAAUAUUAGUUUCAAGGAAUCCGCUCUACACCCGCUCACAGAAUCUUUCUCACGAGUCCCAACUGCUUCAGCCUAUCAGGAAAA